AAAAGAGAAGAAAUUGGUUUCGAAUAUUUGCUCAAGAUAGCGUAUUGGUUCUGCUUAAAUAUAAAUUUGUUUUUUAAUUAAAUAUUUGUAGAUAAAAAUGAUAAAAUGAGUGCCAAUGUGAUUUAUAGAAAUCUUCGAAAUUAUAGUAAUUUAAAUUUGAUAUUGAAGCGCGCAGUAAAAAAUCAACAGUUUUUCUUUAAAAAAAAUGGUUAUACUACCUUAAGCUCACCAACUUUAAAAAAUAAUGUUGAACAAAAUUUCAUUAACAAUAGAUAUUUUUCAAAUGAAAAUUCAAAUCCCCCUUCAAAUAAAUUUCCUCCCUUAUUACCAGAUCAACCCAUAGUUAUUUGGCCGUCAUUGAUAAAAUCUAUUAGAAAUUUUAUUUUAGCAAAUUUUAUUAUUAAACCUUAUUUAGAUCGAGAAUUUAGUCUUGCAGAUUUUGUAAAUGCUUCGAAAAAGGCAGUUGAGGUAAUUUCACGUAAAUUGGCGGAAGGCGACAUUAAAUCAUUGGAGAAUCUGGUUACGAAUGAUAUUAUAUCUAGUUUGCAAAAAGCAAUGUCCCUAAUGUCAAUGAGCCAACGUGAACAAAUAUCAAUAGACACUGAUGAUAUAUAUUUUUCGUUUCCUUAUCAGAUUGGUAUUAUAUUCAAUGAAGAGGGGGCAGAACAGAAAAGAUUUGUUGAAAUAACUAUGGUUUAUCAUUCACUGAAAGGUUUAGCCAAUAUGAGAUCUAGAGGUGAAGAACCACCUUUAAAUAUGGGUAUGCUUCCUGAAUAUCAACAACGAAUUUCAAUAUGCAACUACAGAUUUAUUAGAGAAUUCACUAAGGGUGUUGAAGGAGAUUGGACUGUGAAUUUAUUAAACCAUUUUAAACCUGCUGAUGAAAAUAAAUAGGAAUUAAUAUUUGGAAAAUUGUAACUGUUUCUAGUAAAAUAUGUUUUUAAA